AUGGCCGAGACGUCCCACGCCCAUCUCCCGAGCGCUUCUUGCGACACAACAACCGAAUCGGCUACGUCCGAUACUCUCCUGGCGCAACACCAAGAGUCCCUCGAGCCAGAGUCCAAGAUUGCUAGCCCCAUCGCGAACAGAGUAUGCACACCGUUGGGACUCUUUGUUCACCCUUCCGAAAGGGAUGCCCCGUUGAGCAUGCCGCAGACUCUGACUCCAGAGUCUACGCCGGCCUCUCCCAGGCGACACGAGAGAGCAACGGCAUCCACAUCGCCAAUUCGACAAUCUGGAGCCAGCCCGACCCGAUCCCGAAUGGCCGCCUCUGACUGUAUGCGAAAACGAAACGACUCCAUCAGUGAUGCGCUCCGUGCCGCUGCUGCCAAUGCCCACCACAGAUCCGACGAAGCGCCCUCGCCUCUGGUUCCUGUUGGAGAGACACAACCUCUCCACACUGGCACCGUGCUGGCCAACACCAAAAUGGUUCAUCCGAAACCCAUCAACAGAGUGGCGCCAGCCGAUGUGACCAGCCGACCUGGCACUGCUAGUAGCGUUGCUCAGCUUGAAAUGACAGCCCAACAACUCUCCAUGACUAGCUCCAUCGACGACGCCAUCCGAGAUCUACACGGCGAAUUAAAACGAAGCGACUCGAGACGAUCAUCAAUCCUCGCCGCCAGCAUCAAAACGGGUGACGACGGCGGAACUGCGACCCCAGCGCAGCUAAAGAGGCACCUCUCAACUUCGUCCUCCAUCGUAUCAACCAACAUUGCCGCGCGACAGGGUGGUUACUCACCUGCUGCUUUCGUCAAGUCGCCCAGUGCCUCUGGAAAUGGUCGCUUGAUGCCUGGUACUUUGACGGCCGCCUCGCUCCCUGAAGCGGAACCGGCCCCUGUUUUGUCUAGACAUGGUCCCGGCAAGAGCUCUGUCCGCAGUGUGCGCUCGACAAAAAUGUCAUUGGCUGAUAUUUCCGAAUCGGAGCCUAUUUCACUCACGCAGACUGUUCUAGACGAGGCCGACAAUGCGCCGCCACUCGAACUAGAGUCCAUCAUUCAUGAAAUAGAAGCCCAUGAGGAAGAACACGAGCUGAAGCCCACCACAGAAGCCUUCCACGAAAUGAUGCAGAGUGGCGCCACGCAGCAGCCUGCUUUCAGCUACUCGACCGAGCGCAAUAUAGAUACGGCCACCAUCUCCGACCGUCAAAACCGCCCUGGCUCCUCUCACUCGCAGGACACUUAUCAUCAAGCCCAGCAUGCCUUCUUCGACUUCGACGGGGUCCACUGUGCUGACAAUGGAACCGAGGCCGAUGAUCAGGACUAUCGCGAGGAGCCCAUCCCUACGGAAGCAGGCUACAUCGCCGUCGACCAGCAUCUGGAGGAGUUGGAAGACGACGUCUUCGACCUGCCACCCUUGCAACUCCCACAAACUCUCCCGCAAGCUCCAAGGUUCUCGUACGGGGAACAAUCUCUCCCGCCAGUUCCGCAACCCGUUGGCCUUGUUCGUCCUCAGUCAUAUAUUGACCCAGCCUCGGGUGUGCAGAUGAACUAUUAUCCAGCACGUGUUCCAGCCGCAUUGAACGUUCCCCAGAAGCUGUCAAACAAACCCAAGGCGAACCAAAGGAAUUCGAGGCAGUCCAAAGUACUGAGUGCCAUGAUGGACAACAGUUAUCACGCCUCAAACGGCGACGCUGCUCGCCGAGCUUCUGCCAUGCCGGUGCUGGGAAGUACGGUCGAGCUGGCAGAAGCGCCCCGGCCUUUGAAGGAACGCCACCAUGAACGCCGGCCCUCCUUUCUCCCUCUAUCGACCGAAGAUAUGCAGAAAAUCAACGAACCUGUCCCUGAACCCGCUAAGCCUCCAGUACCAGCUCAAGAGAGCUGCGAUAACCUUGCUUCUACCCUCCGAAUCCCGAAACGCAUUUCUGAGCCAAAGGUGGUUGAAAAGCGCAAGAGUCGAAUGUCUAUGAUGAGCAGCAUCCCUGCGCAGCUGCGCGCCAGCGCCUACUUCGAUUCACCUGCUGUAACGACUGACAUGGAGGCAAAGGACGGUUCUGCCAUGAAUGCCCUGGACGAUAUUUUGGAUGCCGGCGCUAGCGCUCCUGUUGGAGCCUUCACCGACCACCCCUACGCUGGAAAGCUCGGCCCCGAAGUAUACGGUGUAGUCACGAAGAAGUCCGUCGCUUCAUCACCUUCCUUGAAUCCGCCGUCCAGCGAGAACGGCGUGAAAAAGCGAUCUUCUUGGAUGCCCCUCGGCAGGCGCAGUCACAGUCGUAAUAGUCAAGACAGCCCGAAACUCAACAGCUAUGCCAGCUCUCCUCACUUGACUGGCGACGGCGAUAGUGACCAUGUCAUAAGAGUACCUGCGGGCCCACUGGAGCACAACGAUGGGCACGCCGAGGGAGAAGAGCAGGAGGGGGAAGAAGAAGAAGAACUGAUUGAAGACUAUGUGGGAGCCCCUUCCACUUUGCUUGCGGAACUGCAGCUGCGCAAGCAGCAGCAGAAGGAUCGCAUCCAGAAUAAAGUUUUGGCUGCGCAUGGUACGCAAGCUACACUUCUCGAGCUCGAUGCCGUAGCCGAGACACAAAGAAUCGACCGCAAGAGCAAGCGUGUCAAUUUGCUUUGGGAGGAUUCCGACGCACAUCUAGACCAAAAUGGCUCGGAUGAUGAAGAUGUUCCCCUCGCCAUUAUCGCAGCUAGACAGCAAGGCGCAAAGAACAUGGCGGAUCUGGAACGCCCGAUCGGCCUCAUAGAGAAAAGGGAGAUUGAGGAAAAUGAGCCUCUGAGUAGGCGGCGCGCACGUCUACAAGGUUUGGACAACUCGUUCGCUACACCUCGACCUCAAAGCAUGUUGAUGGCGCCCGCUCGGCUUGGUGACACGCGGCCACGACAAUCCAUGAUAUCUUUGAACUUGCUUCCUCCUGAGGAUGUUGAAGGCGAGUCGCUGGCCGAUAGAAGAAAGCGCUUGGCAUCAGAAGCCGAGAAGGAGAAUGAGCUUUCUUUACCCCCUACAAGACCUGUCAGCGCAGCCUUUUCUGCCGAGCUCUUGAGCCAAUUUGAUCCCUUGGAAGCAGGAGGUCUAGAAGGUGCUGCAGAUGGCAAGGACAAGAAGGAAGCCAACGGGGCACCGGAGGAGGAAGAGACACUUGGCCAACGACGGCGUCGCUUGCAAGCCGAGAAAGCGGCCCGCCAGCAGGAAAUGGCACAGGGUGGCGCGGCGGUUAGCUCCGCGGGGCACAACAAAGAUCGCCGCAUGAGUCUCGCCACUGUUCUCUCUGCGCACCCGAGAAGGAGCCCAGAUAUGAGGGUCCAGGAGGAAAUGCAGCGCCGAGAAGUAGAGGAACGUCUUGCGCGCGAGAACGAGGCUAAAAUGGCAUCUUUGCGCCUUCAGAUGCCGUCAACCCUGUCCGUGCCAGGAGUUGUAUCAAAUCGAGGGUUCCACAAUGGAACAUACAACAAUGGCUACGGAGGACAUGUCAACAAUCAGCGACCUGUUUCUGCACAAGUUCUUGGCCACGGUCAGCUGAAUCGACCCAACAGCAUGGUGUUCAACAACAGACCGCAGCAAGGUGUCUACAUGAACCCGUACGCAGCAAACAGCGCGCAGGCAUUUGGCGGUGUGAACGUGUACAACAACGGCGUUAAUGGCGUUUAUGGUGUCCCGCAACGCAACAACCAGAUGCAGAUGCCCAAUGGUGGCUCCAUGGACCGGGUUGAAGUUUGGCGACAGAGCGUCUUUCCUUGA